AUGGAGAAAUUGUUUGAAAUUAAAAGGAAGUUGUUGAAGUUUCUGUCAAAACAACCUGCGACUAUACUAAUGUUUCAUAAGCCAACUCCGAAUCCUUGUCGAUCAUCGCCAGCACGUGUUUCGAUAAUUCCGAAGGAAGCUCGAAGAAAGCACAACAAAGGUGGAAGCUUUAGUGCAAGAGAGCCAUCGUCUCCCAAAGUGUCGUGCAUGGGUCAGGUUCAGGGCAAGAAGAAGAAAAAGGGGAAGACACAGAGAAAGGCUCAGCAGAUUUCAACCAAGAACAAUGGCACUGUUGAAAACAAGAAGAUUCUUCUUUGGAUUCCCAAGGGAAGUGAUGAGGGGUUAAAGCGAGAAGAGAAUGGAUCGGCCACAAUGGAAGCCCCGUCGUUGAAUACGAUGAAGAAAUUUGCUAGCGGGAGAGGAGUGUUGUAUGAUUUCGAUGUUACAGUUGCAGAAAGAUGA